UGGAAACACGACUUCGCGUUUUGCCCGAUGUUUAGUUGCGGGAACCAAGGCCGUUUAGUGUGCAGUAGCAGUAGGAAGUAGUGAACAUGUUAGGCACACGAGCGUUCUUUAUACUAAGUAGACAGUUUUCUAGUAGUCAGAGCACCUUCAACAAAUUAAAAAUUGCUGUGAUUGGACAGAGUACAUUUGCAGCUGAAGUCUACAGACUUUUGAAGAAAGAUGGACACAAAAUUGUUGGAGUAUUCACAAUUCCAGACAAAGGAAACAGGGAAGAUCCUUUAGCAUCCACUGCUGCAGCUGAUAAGACACCAGUAUUCAAAGUUAAAGCAUGGAGGAAAGGUGGUCAGCCAUUGGCAGAGAUAGUGAAUAAAUAUAAAAGUGUAGAUGCUGAUCUUAAUGUGUUGCCAUUCUGCUCACAGUUUAUUCCUAUGGAUGUUAUUAAUCAUCCAGAUCAUAAGAGCAUUUGCUAUCACCCAUCUUUAUUACCAAAGCACAGAGGAGUUAGUGCAAUAAACUGGACAUUGAUAUCUGGGGACAAAGUUGCUGGCUUCUCUGUCUUCUGGGCUGAUGAUGGGCUAGACACUGGUCCAAUACUCCUACAAAGAGCUUGUGAUGUUGAGCCCAAUGAUACAGUUGACUCCCUCUAUAACAAAUUCUUGUAUCCUGAGGGAAUUAAAGCUAUGGCAGAAGCUGUUAACAUGGUGGCAAAUGGCACAGCUCCGAGCAUCAAGCAGUCUGAAGAAGGAGCUUCUUAUGAGCCAUCCCUUAGUAAGAAAGAACUUCAACAGGUGAAAUGGGAUCAACCAGUACAAAAUAUACAUAAUUUUAUUCGUGGGAUGGAUAGCUCACCUGGAGCAUGGACUGUUAUUGAUGGUCGAGAGGUGAAGUUAUUUGGUUCGAGUUUAUGGCAUGGUAAAGAACCUAGCGGCAAUGAAGUGGCUAUUGAUGGCAUGGCAGGAUGUGGUGUUGUUCAUUCUGGUGGGUUACUACUACGUGGCCUAGAUGGAGGUCUGCUCAAUGUGCAACGAAUAUCUGUUGCUGGAAAAAUGAUACCCGCUUCAAACUAUGGAAAAGAAGCUGAUACCACUGUGAAAGUACAGCUGUCAGAUGAAGAAAGAGGAAUGGCUGAAGUCCUUAGAGCUAUUUGGUCAGGGAUACUAAGUAUGGAAGUGUCAGAUCAGACUGACUUUUUCAGCUCUGGUGCUGGAUCAAUGGAUAUUGUAAGAUUGGUUGAGGAAGUGAAAGAAAAACUUAAUGUCAGUAUACAGAAUGAAGACAUCCUCAUGGCCACUACAUUUGAGAGCUUUGUUGGUCUGUGUGUAUUAAAAGCCAGAGGAGGUUCAGAUGAGAAGAAAUUGGAUCAUAGUGUUUUCAGACUGAAAGCAAAUAACAUGGACAUCUCAUUUCCACACCAGUUGUUCAUAAAUGGUGAAUUUGUCAAUUCUGAAUCUGGAAAAGUACUGAAUUGUAUAAAUCCAUAUGACGAAUCUCUUAUUUGCAAGGUUCAGUGCGCUUCAAAAUUGGAUGUAGAUAAAGCAGUUGAAGCAGCAAAAAAUGCAUUUGCAGGAGAGUGGUCCAAAAUGAACGCACGGGAUAGAGGAAUUUUGCUGUAUAGGCUGGCAGAUCUUAUGGAAGAACACAAAGAGGAGCUUGCAACAAUUGAAUCAAUAGAUUCUGGGGCAGUUUACACUCUGGCUCUCAAAACACAUGUUGGUAUGUCAAUUGAAACCUGGAGAUAUUUUGCUGGUUGGUGUGAUAAAAUACAUGGAACUACAAUCCCAAUAAAUCAUGCAAGGCCAAACAGAAAUCUCACAUUCACGCGCAAAGAGCCGAUAGGUGUGUGUGGCUUGAUAACACCAUGGAAUUAUCCACUUAUGAUGCUGUCUUGGAAAAUGGCAGCCUGUUUAGCAGCUGGUAAUACAGUAGUGAUGAAACCUGCACAAGUGUCACCUUUAACAGCACUGAAAUUUGCAGAACUGUCUAUUAAAGCAGGCAUCCCUCCAGGUGUAAUAAAUAUAUUGCCUGGUGCAGGUUCUGAAACUGGUAAUGCCAUAGCAAACCAUCCAGAUGUGAGGAAAUUAGGUUUCACUGGCAGUACUGGAAUUGGCCAAGUUAUAAUGAAAUCAUGUGCUGAUUCUAACUUGAAGAAAGUAUCUCUUGAGCUGGGAGGAAAAUCCCCUCUCAUUAUAUUUGAUGACUGUGAUCUUGACAGAGCAGUUAGAAUGGGAAUGAGUGGUGUUUUCUUCAACAAGGGUGAGAACUGUAUAGCAGCAGGACGUCUCUUUGUGGAUGCUUCCAUUCAUGACAAAUUUGUUGAAAAGGUAGCUGCAGAGUGCAAAAAAAUGGUGAUGGGAGAUCCUUUAAACAGAAGUACUCAACAUGGACCACAAAAUCACAAGGCCCAUCUUGAUAAACUGAUCGAAUAUUGUGAACGUGGUGUGAAGGAGGGGGCAACACUUGUGUGUGGAGGAAAGCGAGCUGAUCGUCCUGGUCUCUUUUUUGAACCAACGGUAUUUACCAAUGUGGAAGACCACAUGUUUAUUGCUCAGGAAGAAUCCUUUGGACCUGUUAUGGUUAUAUCAAAGUUUGCUAGUGGAGAUAUUGACGCAGUAAUCAACCGAGCAAACAACACAGAAUUCGGACUCGCAUCUGGAGUAUUUACAAGAGACAUUAAUCGUGCACUUUACAUAGCAGAGAAAAUAGAUGCAGGGACAGUUUUCAUAAAUACCUACAAUAAGACUGAUGUGGCAGCUCCAUUUGGAGGUUUCAAACAAUCUGGAUUUGGAAAAGACUUGGGUGAGGAGGCCCUUAAUGAAUACUUGAAAGUGAAAUGUGUCACACUGGAAUACUAAUAUUAUUUUCCUGACUGGAGAUUUUUACUGUCUAUUUUUUAGAAUAUAUUUUGUCAUAUUUGAUGCACAGCUUGUAUUUAAGAAUCUCGUACUCUUGCCAUUUCCUUGUUAAUAUCUUUUUAUUAUUUUUUACAAAAUAUUUUAAUAAGUUUUUUCAUCCUAUAUUUGGUGCACAACUUGCAAUGAAGAAUCUCUUGCCAUUAUAAUUUAUUUUACUCCUUUCAGACACAUUUUUUUUUCUUGUUUUUUUUCUUAUUUUAUGUUUCUGUAAACUUGUUGCAUUAAUAUACUGUACUGCUGGUCUGAAUGAGAAACAUAAUUGAUACUACUAUGUGCCAUGAUAAAGCAGUGUGAGAGAUCAUCUUUCUUUGAUUAACAGCGACUUACCAAGGUACCUACUCUGGUUCAUAUUCUGAUGAAGAUGAAUGUGCAUAGACAUGUGUAGGCAUGCACAGCCACUCACAUCCAUGUUACUACUACAUGCACAUGCUGCUCCCCCCCACAUUCUCACACAUUGAGCUGAAGAAAAACUGACCAGAAUAUCAGGAAUCCCUCAGAAUCCAACUUUAUUUCUUCAGAAAUUAUUUCUUUAAAGUAGCUGCUUUUAGUAUGACAGUAAUAAGCUACUACCUAUUAUUUUCUGAACAAAAUAAAAAUAGAAUGAAAUGUAAAAUGCUAUGUGAACAAAGACUGUGUGUGAUGAGAGAAUGUUGUAACCGAUGUGUGCUGUAAUAAAGUAGACUAGUGAUAAAAGUAAGUUUAUAAAUGGCUGGAUCUGUGUAUAGUAAAAUGAUGACUUUUGCUCAUGAUUAAUGAAGCAUUGAUUGUAAAGAUUUCUACAUAGAUGAACCGUUAGUGCACUGACAAUAUCAGACUGUCACAAUACCUGUAAUCUCAAUGUGUCUAACAAUUGGAUGAGAAUUUACUGUUUGAGAUCUGAAAAUCAGUGUUGCCGUCCUUGUUUUUUUUAUCAUUCCAUCUUGCCAUAUUGUGGAUUCAGAUACGAAAUAAAUAAAUUAUCAGUAUGGUA